AUGGAUAAAACAAAAUUUUGGCUUUGGAUCUGUUUAACAAUAUUAUUAAACGGUUGUAAAAUUCAAGCACAACAACAAAAUACAUUGUUUAAUCAAAAUCAGUUUCGGAGUGGAUUACAAACAAGUUUUAAUACAUUGCAAACACAGCAACAGCCACAAAGACAAGUUUUUGGAAAUCAACAGCAAUUUCCUUUCAAUCAACAAAAUAUUUAUAAUCGUCAACAGCCAUAUUCGCCAUUACUUCAACAGACUCCAUAUAACAGUCGAUUAGGAUACUCACAAAUAAAUCCACAAAAUUUUGUUCCAAUCACCGGUUAUCAGAAUGAAUUAAAUUACGAUGGCAGUUUUGUUUAUGGUUAUUCAGCUGGUGAUGGUACUACAGCUCAAGCUCAAGGAUAUAUAAAAAAUUUAGGUGUUAAAGAUUUAGAAACCCAAGUAGUUCAAGGAUCUUAUUCGUAUACAGCACCAGAUGGCACACCAAUUCGUGUUGUUUAUAUUGCCGAUGAAAAUGGUUUUCGUGCUGAAGGUGCACAUAUUCCAACACCACCACCAAUUCCACCUGAAAUAGCAAAAUCAAUACGUUUCGGAAAUCAACCAUAUAAUGCAAAUAUUAAUCCAUUAAGUCCAAAUUUACAAUCAAAUUUAAAUCAAAAUUUAAUAGCACCAAAUAUAAAUCCACUUCAAACACCAAUAGUACCACAACAAUUUCAACAACAACAACGUAAUGUUGGAAAUUUAACACCAAUUCAGUUACAACAACAACAAAGUCGUUUACUACAACAGGCAGGACAAUAUCAACCUCAGCUACAAUAUCAACAACCACAACAAAGACAAUUUUUGGGUAACACAUUCCAAAAUAAUCCAGCUUUAUUACAACAACAGCAACAUUUACAACAAACUCAACAACAACAACAUUUUCAACAGCAACAACAUCAGCAACAACAACAACAGCAACAGCAACAAUUAUUACCAACUCAACAACUUCAAGGAAGAUCAAAUGAAAUUAUUAAUCAAUUUGGUUACGAUAAAUUCCGACGUUAUAAAAAGGAAUUGGUGAAAAAUAAUAUUAAUAAUACAGUAAAGCGUUUUUCAACUAAAGUCAUAAGGGUUGAAUAAAAUUUCAUUAAUUUUUUUAAUAGUAUAAUAAAUUGAACGGAAACAUUAACAUUAA